UACUAAAAACCACACAAUAAUAGGCAGAAGUAGAACAUGUGGAAGCUUAAGGUUGCCGAAGGUGGCGGGCUGUACAUGUACAGUACAAACAACUACGUUGGCAGACAAACAUGGGAGUACGACGCUAACGCCGGCACGCCAGAAGAACGAGAAGCGGUUGAAAAUGCCCGCCGAGAGUUUAUAAAAAACCGGGAGAAAGGUUCCCACGCCUGCGGUGAUUUGAUAAUGAGAAUGCAGAUGAUCAAAGAAAGUGGGAUUGAUGUGUUGAACAUUCCCCCAAUAAGGCUAGGAGACAAAGAAGAAGUGAACUAUGAGGCAGUCACAAUCGCGAUUAGAAAAGCCGUACGAUUGAACCGUGCACUUCAAGCUAGAGAUGGACACUGGCCAGCUUUGAACGCUGGCCCUAUGAUCUUCACUCCACCCUUGCUGAUUGCGUUGUACAUUUGUGGAGCAAUCAAUACAGUUUUAACCUCAGAGCACAGGAAAGAAAUUGUCCGAUACAUUUACAAUCAUCAAAAUGAAGAUGGUGGAUGGGGAUUGUACAUAGAUGGACACAGUACCAUGAUUGGAUCAGCACUUAACUAUGUGGCCUUGCGUUUGCUUGGAGAAUUAGCUGAAGAUGAUGAUGGUGCCAUUACUAGGGGUCGCAAGUGGAUUCUUGACCAUGGCGGUGCCACUAAAGUUCCUUCUUGGGGAAAGGUUUAUCUCUCGGUGCUUGGAGUGUACGAGUGGGAUGGGUGUAAUCCACUCCCACCAGAAUUUUGGCUUUUCCCUUCCAUUUUCCCAUUCCAUCCUGCGAAAAUGUGGUGUUACUGUCGGACAACAUACAUGCCUAUGUCGUACUUGUAUGCAAAGAGAUAUCAUGGACCAUUAACAGAUCUUGUUCUCUCUAUAAGAAAUGAAAUUCAUGUCAAAGCCUAUGACCAGAUUGAUUGGAACAGUACUCGCAUGGAUUGUUGUAAGGAGGACAUGUACUACCCCCAUAGUUUCAUACAAGAUCUGCUAUGGAAUACUCUUCAAUACUGCACUGAGCCAUUCAUGAGUCUUUGGCCUUUCAAAAAAAUUAGAGAAAUGGCUAUGAAAAAAGCAAUCGAGUAUAUGCGCUAUGAAGCAGAAGAGAGCAGAUACAUAAACAUUGGCUGCAUAAUAAAGAGUUUGCAAAUGAUGUGCUGGUGGGCAGAAGAUCCAAACUGCAAUGAGUUCAAAUACCAUCUUGCUAGACUUCCUGAUUACUUAUGGCUCGCUGAAGAUGGAAUGACAAUGCAGAGUUUUGGGAGUCAGAAUUGGGAUGCCACUUUUGCCACCCAAGCUAUAAUUGCCAGUGGCAUGGUACAAGAAUAUGGAGACUGCCUGAAAAAGGCCCAUUUCUAUAUUAAAGAAUCACAAGUAAAACAAAAUCCAAAAGGAGACUUCAAAAGUAUGUAUCGUCAUUUCACGAAAGGAUCAUGGACAUUCUCUGAUCAAGAUCAUGGUUGGGCUAUCAGUGACGGCACAGCAGAAGCGCUUAAGUGCCUGCUACUCCUUGGGCAAAUGCCACCCGAAAUUGUAGGAGAAAAGGCCGAUGUUCAGCACUUGUAUGACGCGGUAGAUGUUUGCCUUUAUCUUCAAAAUCCCGAAAGUGGUGGUUUUGGUGCAUGGGAGCCUCCUGUUCCACAACCAUACAUGCAACUGUUGAAUCCCUCUGAACUCUUUGCAGAUAUUGUAGUGGAGAAAGAGCACGUAGAACCUACUGGAUCCAUAAUCAGUGCUCUUGUAGCCUUCAGAUGUCAAUAUCCAAAUUAUAGACCAAAAGAAGUUGAUAUCUGUAUUACAAAGGCAGUACAAUACCUUGAAAAACAACAGCAAGUAGAUGGGUCAUGGUAUGGAUACUGGGGAAUUUGCUUCCUCUAUGCCACUCGCUUUGCCCUAUUAGGGCUGGCAGCUGCAGGAAAGAAUUACGAGAAUUGCGAAGCCAUUCGCAAAGCUGCUCACUUCUACCUAUCAAAGCAGAAUCAAGAGGGUGGCUGGGGAGAAUGUCUUGAAUCUUGCCCAACCAUGAAAUACCUACCAUUGGAAGGGAAUCGUACAAAUUUGGUUCAAACAUCAUGGGCAAUGCUAGGACUUAUGUACACUGGGCAGGCCGAGAGGGAUCCAACUCCUUUACACAAAGCUGCAAAGUUAUUGAUUAAUGCACAAAUGGAUAAUGGAGAUUUUCCUCAACAAGAAAUUACUGGAGUCUUCAUGAAGAAUUGCAUGUUGCACUAUACACUAUAUAGGAGUUAUUUUCCAUUGUUGGCACUGGUAGAAUAUCGCAAACGUGUAUGGACAUCAAAAAGCUACUAGGGUGUGCUUGAAAACCAAAAAAAAUAACUUCUAGAAAAUGCUUUCUGGAAAAUGAGUAAUUUUUCAGAAAACAUUUUCAUUACUCGUGUUUGGUUGCAUUGCAGAAAACUGUAUUUGUAUUUGUGUGUUUGGUUCAUUUUCUGAAAAAUAAACGGAAUUGUAUAAUAAAAUUUUAAUUGUU